AUGACCACCACUCCCCCCACCCCCAACGAGGCCAAGCGCAGCAUGUCUCUCGAGGCCCAGACCGACGACUUGGACAAGCCGCGCUGGUACCGCUUCGGCGUCAACAGCUGGAGCCAGAUAACGCUCGUGAGCGUCAUCUGCUUCUUCCUUCCAGGCAUGUACAAUGCCAUUUCGGGAAUCGGUGGUUCGGGCCAACUCGACCCAACGAUCGGGGCGAACGCGGCCGUCGCCCUCCUGUCCGUAGGAGCCGCCACGGGCCUUCUCGUCGGCCAGCCCAUGUUCGAUAUUUUUGGCGUACGCUGCAUCGCUAUUGGCGGUUGGACUUAUGCUCUCUAUACCGGGUCGCUGCUUAACUAUAACCACAGGGCGAACGGCGCGUUCGUCAUUGGUGCCGGAGCGAUUCUUGGUCUCGGCGCGACGUUACUUUGGGUCACACAGGGCGCGAUCAUGCUCUCGUACCCACUGCCUCACCAGAAAGGGCGGUCGAUCGCAUUCUUCUGGGUCAUCUUCAACCUCGGCGGCGCGAUCGGCUCGUUCAUCUCCCUCGGGAUCAACUUUAACCGCAUCAAAGCUGGAACAGUUUCCGACUCGACAUACAUUGCCUUCAUGGUCCUCAUGCUGUUUGGUUGGGUACUGUGUUUCUUUCUUGUCCCACCACACAUGGUGCGGCGCACCGAUGGCUCGCGAGCCGCGCCAGCCAAGGUCAAGUCGGACGGAAAGUGGUACCACAACUUUACGAAAAAGGCCAAGGACGAGAUGAUCCAUAUCAUCCAGCUCAAGGACGAGCCGCGCAUCCUUUUCCUGAUUCCCAUGUGUUUUGCUGCCAAUUGGUUCUACUCGUACCAGCAGAACAUUGUCAAUGGCGGCUCAUUCACCCUUCGCGCGCGUUCCCUCAACUCGGCCCUGUACUGGGCAGCGCAGAUGUUUGGCGGCAUGGCAAUUGGUCUCCUCCUCGACAUGCCUUGGUUCACUCGCCCCAAGCGUGCUCUCUGCGGCUGGGUCUUUGUUUUUGUGACCGGAAACGUCAUCAUGGGCGGCGGCCUCGCCUACCAGAAGUGGUUCGACGCACAGGGCCGUAAGAACUUUAUCGACUUUUCCGACGCAAAACUCUACGUCGGCCCAUGCUGGCUGUAUAUUUGGUACGGUGCCCUCGACGCCUUCUGGCAGGGCUUCUCGUACUGGAUGCUCGGCGCCCUCUGCAACACGCCAAAGGAGGCCGCUCGCUUCGUCGGUGUUUACAAGACAAUGCAGUGCGUCGGAGGUGCCGUUGCUUUCCGCCUCACUGCCAACCACCUUGGCAGCAUGAAGCAGUUCAUCUCGAACUGGGCCAUCAUCGCUGGCGCCCUCAUCGUCGCUCUUCCCGCUGUCCUGAUGGUCACCGAGCCCACCGAGGCCGAGGCCAAGGGCCUCUUCCUUUCCGAAGACGACGACCGCCCGGGGGCCCGCAACAAGGAGGCCGCUGCGGUCCGCCGCCUCAGCACCGCCGCCGCUUAA